AUGCCGGCGGACGCGGUGCAGGGUGCGGGCCGUGUGUGCUCCUACGGGAUGAAACUCAACUGGGACAUCAACGACCCGCAGAUGCCUCAGGAGCCGGCCCACUUCGACCCCUUCCGCGAGUGGCCCGAAGGCUACGUGCGCUUCAUCUACAGCCGCGACGAGGAGAAGGCGCGGCGCCACCUGAGUGGCCGGGCCAUGCGCAACACCAACAACCACCACGGCCACAUCCUCAAGAAGUCGUGCCUGGGCGUGGUGCUGUGCGCGCGGGCCUGCGCCCUGCCCGGCGGCGCCCUGCAGCUGCGGCCAGCCAUCUGCGACAAGGCGCGCCUCAAGCAGCAGCAGAAAGCGUGCCCCCACUGUCACUCUGCUUUGGAGUUGAUGCCCUGUCGAGGGCACAGCGGAUUCCCUGUAACCAAUUUCUGGCGGCUUGAGGGCAACGCGAUAUUUUUUCAGGCCAAGGGAGUUCAUGAUCACCCAAGACCAGAGAGUAAAUCAGAAACGGAAGCUAGAAGAAGUGCCAUCAAGAGACAGGUGGCCUCUUUUUACCAGCCCCAGAAAAAGAGAAAUCAGGAAUCUGAAGCAAGAAAGAAUCAAGACAACAGUGAACAUUUCAGCAACAUACCUCCCCUGGAAAAUCUGGAACUGUUUGAUGUAAUUACUGACACCGGUUUCCCUAUUCCAGGGCAGCCUUGCCCCUCCUUCCCAAACUCUGAUGCUUACAAAGCUACCUGUGGCCCAGCCACCUUUCAAGGGGACAUAAUGACCCCCUUUCAAAAAUAUUCAAACCCAAGAAUCUGUUUGCCCAGACCAGCUUGCAGCUAUGAAUUGGCAGGCCCUGGUUUUACAAGUUUGAGCUCCUAUCCCACCCUUUAUAAAGAUUCCACCAGUGUCCCUAAUGAUGCAGACUGGAUUCAUCUUAACACACUACAAUAUAAUGUCAAUUCAUACAGCAGCUAUGAGAGAGGCUUUGAUUUCACUAGUAAACAACAUGGCUGGAAACCAGCGCUUGGAAAAGCUGGUAUUGGGAAGAGGACUGACCAUGGGCAGUUCCAGACCAUGGCCCCUCACCCUUAUUAUAACCCAGAGCUUCCCUGCAGGUACCUCACGACUCCCCCACCAGGUGCCCCUGCCUUACAGACUGUGAUCACCACCACCACCAAAGUGUCCUACCAAGCCUACCAGCCACCUGCUCUGAAAUACAGUGACAACGUGCAGGAGGUUAAGAGCCUUUUGAGCUGUAACUAUGCUUCUGAAAAUGCGCCGAUGUCCAUGUAUCCAGAAGCCUUGGAACCUCCAGCUACAGUCACCAGGGCAGCCUCUCCAGCAGGGUCACUUCCUUUGAAACUUUCAGGAGAUUGCCAGGCCAUCAGACCCACUUUGGCUUUUCCUCAAGAGUCAGCUUCCUCCAGGACAGAUGGAGUAGAGACUUGGGAUGUGUGUCUAUCUGGGCUGGGCUCUGCAGUUAGUUGCUCAGACAGAGUGGAUCCAUUCUUUAGCUAUGACAAUGAAGAUUUUUAA